AAGGUUACAGGUGGGCGACCCUUUAGAUAGCGAACGGUUGUAUACUGUCGUGAUAGUACACCCGCGGCUCUCGCCCCCUUCUAUGUGCGCGAGCUUUGUGUGUGCUCACGUCGCGCUUGCGCUGUGGAACCAGAAGAGCCAGAAGAAAAAGACGAGAGAGUUGAUUCGAUUUAAUAAAGCAAGGCAAGAGAUUUUGUGUCAAUAUCGUUUUGGUUCGACGAAAUGGAGAAGGCAGCGUAGGCAACAUGUAUUGGAAUAAGAAAACGAUGUGAAGAGCACAGAAUGUUUUUAUGACGGGACGCCGCAGGGAAGACGCCGAGCCCCCGUCAGUUUAUUUGGGGGAAAAUCGUUGGAGUGGUUCAAUUCCCUGAGUAACAGCUUGGAUGUAAAGGGGACGUUACAGUAAGACAUUCCAAAGAUGCCCAAGAGGUGGACCGCAGCAACGCCAUGCAGCUAUCUCCCUGUCGUCUUGUUGUUGAUCGUUCUGCCCAGGUGUAUACUGUCGAUCCGUGCUGACAAAACCAUCAGCAAGGAAGACCAUGUUACUGCUACGGUCAAUGCCACCGUACUUGACUCCAAAGGCAAUCCAAAGCAAAUUCUAACCAAGGACGAUGGCACCUAUGGCCAGAAUUCACCGAAAGUGGACGCGAAAGGAAUCGUGAUUGGACCUGCACCGAAUCAUGGAGUGGUGGACCGCCAGGGCUGCGACCCCCACACUCGCUUCGUGGUGCCCCCCCGGACUGGGCACUGGGUGGCCCUGCUGCAGCGCGGCAACUGCACCUUCAAAGAGAAGAUCCUCAAGGCCUCCGCUUUCAAUGCCUCCGCCGUACUCAUCUACAACAACAACUCCAAUGAGGACACCGUCAAGAUGGGCCAUGAAGGUACGGGUGACACUGUGGCGGUGAUGAUCACUGAGUCGUACGGCAAGGAGAUCCUGGGUCUGCUGGAGAGGAACCUGACGGUGCUGGUGAGUGUGGUGGUGGGCCAGCGUGGCCAGGCCAAGAAUAUCAACCGCGGCUCCCUGGUCUUCGUCUCCAUCUCCUUCAUCGUACUCAUGAUCAUCUCCUCUGCCUGGCUCAUCUUCUACUUCAUCCAGAAGAUCCGCUUUACGAACGCACGCGACCGCAGCCAGGUAGGACAUAGACGUCGACUUGGAGAUGCAGCUAAGAAAGCCAUCGGGAAGCUGACAACCAGGACGGUGAAGAAAGGGGACAAGGAGACAGACCCGGACUUCAACCACUGCGCUGUGUGCAUCGAGGGUUACCAGCUCAACGACGUGGUCCGCAUCCUGCCCUGCAAACAUGUCUUCCAUAAGCUGUGUGUGGACCCUUGGCUGAACGAGCACUGUACCUGCCCCAUGUGUAAGCUGAACAUCCUCAAGGCUCUGGGCAUCAUGCCCAACCUGCCGUGCGUGGACAACGCUGGUUUUGACAUGGACCACAGGAUAGGGCGCAGCCAGACGAUGGCCAGCCAGCGGGCGGCCUUGGUGGACCUGUCCAGUGAGACGUCCAUCAGCCUGGAGCCUCUGCACCGAGGCCCCCUCGGUACCGGACCCCAGAUCCCCUCCGAGAGCGGAGAACUCACCCCCCGCACCGGAGAGAUCAACAUCGCCGUCACCAGUGGCCACUUCUUCAACCGGAACUCCCUGUCCCCACGCAGUGUGGUCUGUGAGAUGGAGCUUCCCGACAUCCAGGCAUCGCUCGACCUCUACGAUGACAACAAGUCGUGAGGGUCAUCGCCGUGGUUUCGACUCCAGUCUUAAGGGACGGAUGGCCUUGUACCUUCCUGCAUACCGGCGAGCCUUUGUGUGGGAGGGUGACGGGAGGGUGACGGGCGGCUCAACAACUUAGACGACAACCUUGACUAACUUGUGGAACAUCGACAAUGACAUAACAUCAAAGACCUUCUUCCAAUGCAGAAUGUACUAUUAUUACCUGUCAAAAAGAAGAGGGGAAAUAGUCAUCCUCUCCUUUGUUUUACACUUUCAUUUAGGAAAAAUGUUUUCUCCACAGAGAGACCCUUUUUGAAAUUUGUUUCUAUAUUCUGUAAUGGGGAAUUAACCCUUUCUAGUCUUACUUUGCAGUACCUCUGUAUCGUCCAUUUUGAAACGAGCUAGGAAAAAAAUGAACGGGUUUCAGUGUAGCCUACUGUCAGCAUCCUGCAAUACAUCUGUAAGCUAUAUAUGAUGAGCAAACCAUCAUUUUAUUUAGCUUUCUUUGGAUCUUUAUUCGUGAAGGCAACAAUAGAAAGGCAUACUGUUUCUUCCCUGGUGGACCAGUUGGCUCUGUUGUAUUUACUAUGCUGCCUAAAAGGACAGUGGAGAGUACGUUUUUGACUUGUGGGCUAUGUCCAGACAUACCCUGUCUCUUCCUCUAUAUGGCCAGUGACUGGUGCAAGAAUAAGACCAGUGGAACAAUGGACAUGCAGCUAUGUGAAGUUAUAAACUCUGUGACAGGCAGUGUUUCUUCCCUGUAGCGAAACCAAUGUGUCUCUGUAUAAAAAUAUAUAUAUAUAAUGACACUUUAACGUGUAUUUAAAAAAGCCUAUGAAAUACCCACAGCGUGUACUAAUCAGCCCCCAGUGAGGGGGACCUAGUGUGUAUGUGUGUGUGUGUAUAUGUAUGUAUAUAUAUAUAUACACACACACACACACACACACACACACAAUCUAUAUACAAUCUAUAUCUCUAAAGUGGCCUCGAAAGCAGUUUGUUUUCCUUUCUCAAUCUUGUAAAUGCUUGGGUGGAAGGCUUUGUCCUCUGUUCUUGUUGUCCCUUUGUGUUCUAGUCCUUGCAUCUGAUAUUUGGGAUGAUGAUUGAUGUGACACGGGGAGGGGAGUGUGUGUCACAGUUUCAGGUCACUGUGUUACAUACAGUACUGCCUCACCAUUAAAAGUGUCAUUAUUGCCUACGA